CAUAUAGCACGCACACAGCGCACAAAAAUACACUCCACCAUGACGCCGCACCACAGGAAGCUUCACGUCCCGGUGCCAUCUUUGGCCACAGCGACGCUCCUCCUGCUUCCCCUCGCGCUCCUCGCCGCCGUGCUCGUCGCCGUAUACCACAACGAGUUCGCCCUGCAGUCAUAUCUGGCCCGCCCCACCUGCCCGAGCAACGACAGCGACACCAGCCUCACGGGGCGGCACGUCGACGUGCGGGUGGCCCCGGAUUUCCGGCUGCUCAUCGGCGUGCUGACGCUCCCGGGCCUGUACGAACGGCGGCACCUGAUGCGCACGGUGUACGCGCUCCAGCAGCCGAACCUGACGGCGCACGUCGACGUCCGGUUCGUCUUCUGCCGGCUGGCAUCGGAGGAGCAGCGCGUGCUCGUGGCGCUGGAGGCGAUGCAGCACGGGGACGUGGUGGAGCUGGACUGCCCGGAGAACAUGGACAACGGCAAGACGCACGCCUACCUCUCCAGCGUCCCGGCGCUCUUCGGCGACCGGGCGUACGACUUCGUGAUGAAGACCGACGACGACACCUUCCUCCGCCUGCCGCAGCUGGUGGAGUCGCUGAACCGGGCGCCCAGGGAGGACCUCUACUACGGGUGCAUGGUGCCGUGCGACGUGGUCCGCGCGCAGGAGAACGAGUACAUGUCCGGCAUGGGGUAUGUCAUCUCGUGGGACCUCGUGGAGUGGAUCGUGGCGGCGGCGGAUCAGAUCAGGAACCACACAGUCGGGCCGGAGGACAGGCUGGUCUCCUCGUGGUUCAGAGGUGCCGGGAAGGGCAAGAACCGGGUGGACACGAAGCCGGCCAUGUACGGCUUUCCGGAUCGCGCGGACCAUUGCGCGCACGAGCUCGUGCCGGACACCAUCGCCGUGCACAAGCUCAAGAACAACGGGAGGUGGGCGACAACGCUCAAAUACUUCAACUUCACCGCGGGGCUCCAGUCGUCCAAGUUCUACCGCAUGGAUUGAUGAACUGGGAGGUUUUUUUUUUCCUUUUUUGCGGGGUUGAUCUCGUAUUGUAUUUUGAUUGUAUUAUUAGUACGGAAAUUCACCAGGGCACACGAAUGCCGGGGCAAUCAGCUGCCAAGCCCUGCCGCCCGCUCGAGUUAUCUCGUGAUUCGCAAAGUAGUUGAAUCCCACAUGAGUGAACAGUCAAAAAAGAAAAAUCCUUCAAAAUGUUUUAAGUUUCAACGAUAAACUUACUUUUUUGCAUCAAAAAAUGCCAGGUUUUAACAAGUUUCAGAGAUUAAUUUUAAGCUUUUUUUUCCUGUCGGUCGAAUAGACACAAAAUAAUUGUUUUUUUAUCGAUCGCUCAUACUAAGUUUCAACACUGAAACUUAACCUGAUUUCCAAAAAUCGUCCAAAUAUAUUUAAAAUAUAUCUUAUCUUAAAGUGCCGGUCAUGUUAGUGUGUCCGUUCGGUGUGACUCUCUGUAUACAUAUUUCUUAUUCUGGUUCCCACUUAUGUGUUAUUUUUUUAAUACAGUACAGACGCGGAUGCUCAACAUACGCGUGUACACUCACCUCUAUAAACACAUGCACACCCACUCUGUCUCUAUGAGCACAUUUGAUAGACUGAGCCGGUACAUCAUCUUAAGACUGACGUAGUCGCCACAGGCGUCUUCGUAGGCGACGGAAAUGUUUUCUCCCACUAAAUGCACAUCGCCGAAAAAUCAGAAAUAAAUUAAAAAAAGCGAGCACCAGUGUCAAAUCUAUGACUUGAACUCUAGUGGGCCUAGAAUACCAGUGUCCUCAUAAGCAUUCAAUCACAAGUUUGUUCACACUCACAUGUUAUGUCUAAUGGACGCUUUACUACGGAGUAUGCAAAUAGUUGUCUAGAUUAUUAGGCAUAUACAUGACCUAUUGGGUUUACCAUACGACGCUUAAAAUAUUGGAAAAUCUAUAGAUGAGCGCAUCACUUUUCCUGAUUAUUAUUUAUUUACCUUUCUCUAUUGGUUACACAUUUUACAUUGUAACUUCAUAUUGUUAAAUAUCUUUAAUAUGAAUUUAGACAGCACAGUCUAGAAUAAAAUUAACUGAUUAUUGGUGUGGCUGCGCAUGGCUAUCAAUUUUAAAUUUAGUUUCAUUUCACAUUCGUAUUUAUUACUAAUUUUAACAUAUAUUUGGAACUGCUUUCUGACACUAAUUUCUUCAAUUUUCCAGAAACCACUAGUUAAGUGUAUCCACAUUUAUAUACCUAGAAGUCAUUUGUUCAAGGAGGUUGGUAAAGUAUAUAUGCAACUAUGCAAGUAUGCACUGUGAUGACUUCAUGUGUUGUGCGUAGUGAUUUUUCUUUGGACCUGCAUAGUGACCUGUUUUUAGUAAAACACGUAAUGAUAUUUGGGGGAGACAAAAAUAUCAGUGCAUGUACACGUAUAUAUGCGCGCACGCGAGCACACACAGAGAGAGCUGCGUCAUGCAUGCCCCAAUGUAUUAGUGUUUGGAAGACAUUUCAAUUCCAUGCACUUUCUAAAAAUGGCUGAGCACUUGUAAAAUUACAUGAACAUUAAUAAAAUACAUAAACACUUUUUGAAAUUGCACGAACAUGUUUCUCAAAAAUAUGUGAAGGCUUUUGUUUUCAAAAUUACACGAACACUUAAAAGCAAGUACACAACUUUUUAAAGACGUGAAAAUUGUUUAUAUUGUACAAACAUUUCUGCAAGAUGUGUGAAUAAUUUUCAAAUUUAUUGAAUAUAUUUUAAAGGUGCAAACAGUUCUUAAAAUUACACGAAUAUUUGUUUUUGUUAUGAGGACAUUUUUAUUUUCGUAUACGCAAUAGUUUACUCUAUUCUUGAGUUGAUUGUAAUUUUAAUAAAAAUAUCUAAGUAAAAAUACAUGAUUCUUUUACGAAAUACAAUUUGCACACAAUUUGUUUUCCCUAUUUUGAAUGUGGUUCAAAAGUGUAUAUAAAAUUCAAUAUAUAUACUCCCUCCGUCUCAAAAUAAGUGACUCAAAGUUGAGUCACUUAUUUUAAGACGGAGGGAAUACAAAAUAAAAAAUAAACUGCUGGCUUUCUAUCCACGAGCAGCUCACAUCUCGCUUUCCUCUAACCUGCAAUUAAUGGACCUGCCCAUUUAUUCCGUUAGCGGGCGAUGACUGCUUAAGCGCCGUAGUUAGCGUCAUAUAGCAGCCCCGGCAGCCCCCCGUCCAAACUUUUGAUUUUCAGUUCUUCACAACGUUUGCCAAAAAAAUAAAA